AGACAGACUGCAGUGCAACCAUUGCUCUGUAGAGUUCGGUUGCUUCCGUCCUAUCGUAGUCACCCCGGCCGUUUUCAACGUCACAUAAGGCCACACCUAGUGAACUGAACAAUCUUUAUACCUGGAAAGAUUUCCACUACAAUGUAGAGUACAGGUAGUGAGUACGUGCGAAAUGCGCAUAGCGAUAUCUUAACUUUAAAUAGCCUACGCUUUGAAGAAAUGCUCGAUUGGAAAUUUGAGUGCCAACAAAAGUUAUUUUAUUACCUCCACGGAAUUAAUUAUGUUAAUUUUAAAGUAAGAAUUCCAGUCGGGCUAUUGACAAGGAGGGAUAUAGUGACAUCUAGGGUUUCCUGUUUCCUGCCAGAGGACUUGGGGAAAGAUGUGGGAAAAGUUUCUGGUCACCCUAAUGCCCCUGCUUCUUUUACCAUUCCCUAUAUGCACUGUUGGUGGUUGGUUUUCUGCUCUACCACCAGGUGUGUCUCCACCAGGGAAACCUGUUCACCUUAACUGUAGAUCUCCUGAGAAAGAGACCUUCACAUGCCGAUGGGAGCCUGGUUCAGAUGGCGGACUGACAACCAUGUACCACCUUUUCUACCAGAGAGAAAAUUCGGAUGAAACCUUUGAGUGUCCAGAUUACCAGUCUGCAGGGGACCACUCCUGCUUCUUUGACAGGACGCACACAUUUAUCUGGGUCACCUACAACAUUACAAUAGUGGCUUCCAACUCCAUGGGCAGAACCAGAUCUGACCCCUUAGAAGUGGAUGUAAUGGAUAUAGUGUAUCCCAAUGCCCCGGAAAAUUUGACAGCAUCAGUUGUAUUCUUAUCAAGUGAGGAAAGCCCUUACCUGCUAAUGACAUGGGAACCACCUCAUGGACUGGAUGUUCACUCAGGAUGGAUCACACCCACCUAUCAACUCCGCAUUAAACAAAAGAAAGAGAACGAGUGGGAGGAGUAUAUCUCAGGCAAACAGACACAGUUUGAAAUAUACAGUCUCCCCCCUGAGGCUCUGUUCAUGGUCCAAGUGCAGUGCAAGAUAGACCAUGGCCUGUGGAGUGAAUGGAGCCCCAUGGUCUACGCUGAAGUCCCUAACUAUACCAGACCAGAUAAAUCAGACUGGAUCGUGGUUGGCGUCUUUCUGUCUUUUAUUGUUCUUGUGGGCACGUUUAUCCUGACUGUGAAGAGAAAAUUUAUAAAGCAUUGUGUUUUGCCACCUGUUCCUGUUCCAAAGAUAAGAGGAUUUGACGUACAACUCCUCAAGAGUGGGCGGCCAGAGGACAUUCUCAGUGCUGUGUUCCAGCAGGGAUUUCCUCCUACAGUGUCCUGCAAAGACCAAUCUGAAUAUCUAGUUGUGUCUGACAGUAAGGAGUCAAUGAUGAAUUCUCCAACAGAACAAAGAAGGACUGCAAACUUAUUGGAUUAUAAAUGGCAGAGUAUCCUUCACCUGUCCGAAGAGGCCAACUGGGAGGUUGGCGGAGAACAGAAUCUAGAGAGGUGUGAAGACCAAGAUUAUACCCCAGAAAGCCACAGGCCUACUUCCACAGAGAACACCUCCAUGUUUAAUCCACCUUCUUUCUAUGCGGAUUUACAAUCCAUCCAAAACUUUAGCGACCAACAACAGAUAGACGCCUCAGAAAACCCUGUUGCCAAACACAUAAACGAUAUCAAAAUUCGGGUCAACAGCCAAAACAACAGGGAUGAAGAACUUCAUAUGGACAGAACCGCUGUGAAUAUGUUCUGUACCUCCACUGCGGUUGGCUACGUGGAUAUAUCCAACGUCACCGAAGAGGAGUUAGGUGAGAAUCAGUUUAACUACAGUAAAGUCAGUGGGGUGGACACAAACAAUGUACUCUUACUGCAGAGAGAAAUUGUACAACCUAAAAGCCCUCCAUUUGGGGAGAAAGAGAAUCUAGAAGAGUUCACCAGUCAGAGGUCAUGUUAUCUUGACAAGACAGGACCCACACCAGGGGAGGUGAACACAGGAUUGAAAGACAAUGGGUAUGUGGACACUAUGCCUAUGUAACCCAUGCUGUAAUGUUUUUUAUAUCCACAAUGAUGGUUGGAUGGUUGCACUGAAAUUAGAGUACACACAUCAAUAAAGAUUAAUACAAAGGACUUCUCAGGGGGAAACUACAGACUUUUAAAGACUAUGACAAUCCCAGUGUUUAUAUCAACAUGGCAUUCUUCAUUCUCUGUUGAUACACAAUAUGUAUCAAGUUUAUUGUGAAUAUUCAUCAUAUUCAUUUAUGAUCAUCUUUGGGUUCAAAUGUAGGGGUGCAUGCUGACUUGACUCUUUCCAAGAAUCUCAAGUAACCAAGCAUUAGCGGUGAUAUACUACAUUGUAGUCAUAUUACUAAAAUAACAUCUGCAACCAUGUUGAAGUAGACUUUAGUUACACUCAAGCCACCUUGAUGCUUGUAUUAUAUAUGCAAAGUAAUUUAUUGUUUGGAGAAGAAUUUACCUCAGAACUAACAAUGUAUACACAUUUUUAUAAUGCUCUUUGUUAUAAUUAUCACAGACUAGUAAACUAUAAUUUCUUUGUAUUUUGCAAAUAAAUCAACACAUAAUUACAAUCCAAAGAAAAUCAUUUUACAAUAGCUACCACAAAGUAAAUCUGAAGAUAAAUGUACGUUUUAUAUGCACCCUUGACAGGCAGUCCAAAAUAAACAAGGAUAAAUAGUUAUUGGCUCUACUUCGCAAUACAAUCAUAAUAUAACCAUUCCAGUGGAUGCAGUUUAUUUCGGCUAUGUCCAAGACAGAAAAAGCUACAGGGAAGCAUGAUUUUCAGAAUGAUACAUCAAAACAUGAAUACAAGUUUACUAGGAACACUGGCAGAAAAGACAGAUGUUUUAGUGCUAUUGCAAUGUUGUCCAAAAGUGUAAGCCUCCGCAACAAUCUUAGAAAGCAACAAUAAGGCCACAUUGUCUUCCUUACAUUAGUUAUACUUGUCAAUGAUUGUUAUUCAUUCCAGGCACAUUCGGUAUAUCACCUCUAAAUCUUCCCAGGAUAGUCACAUAGUAUUUUUAUUAUUAUUAAACAGUGUAAUAAAUUCCUGUUGAGUGGU